UCUCAGGGGCUAACUGGGCUCUCAUACCUCCCCUGUGGCAGCAAUGGGCCAUUUCCAGCAGGGACGGUGCCAUGUCGACCCAAAUGCCUGAAUGCCACUCACCUCCAGAGAGCAAGGAGUCUGAGAAGUGGCAGUGACAGAAGAGACUCUUGCGGCUGAAGCUGUGGUGCUUGAGGCGGAGGAAGGAGUCUCCUAACUGGUGCCACAUACAUCAGAUGGAUGGUCUCUAGCCUGCUUCCAAACCCGCCCUCGGCCGAGUGCUGGGCAGCACUUCUACAUGAUCCUAUGACGCUUGAUAUGGACGCAGUCCUGUCAGACUUUGUUCGGUCCACGGGGGCAGAACCUGGUCUGGCCAGAGACCUGCUGGAAGGCAAGAACUGGGACUUGACAGCAGCUCUAAGCGACUAUGAGCAACUCCGACAGGUGCACACAGCCAACCUGCCGCACGUGUUCAAUGAAGGGAGGUGUGCCAAGCAGCCCGAGCGAGAAUUGCCCCAGCCAGGGCACAAAGUGGAGCGGCCCUGCCUGCAGAGGCAGGACGAUAUUGCCCAAGAGAAGCGCCUUUCCCGGGGGAUUUCCCAUGCGAGCUCAGCCAUCGUCUCCCUGGCCCGAUCCCACGUAGCCAGUGAAUGCAGCAAUGAGCAGUUCCCACUGGAGAUGCCCAUCUAUACAUUCCAGCUGCCGGACCUGAGUGUGUACAGUGAGGACUUCAGGAGCUUCAUCGAACGAGACCUGAUCGAGCAGGCCACCAUGGUAGCUCUGGAGCAGGCAGGUCGCCUGAACUGGUGGUCUACUGUGUGCACAAGCUGUAAAAGGCUUCUUCCUUUGGCCACGACAGGGGACGGGAACUGCCUCUUACAUGCCGCCUCACUGGGAAUGUGGGGCUUUCACGACCGGGACCUGGUUUUGCGGAAAGCUCUCUAUACCAUGAUGAGGACAGGUGCUGAGCGAGAAGCCCUGAAGCGGAGGUGGAGGUGGCAGCAGACACAGCAGAACAAGGAGUCAGGGCUGGUGUACACUGAGGAGGAAUGGGAGCGAGAGUGGACAGAGCUGCUAAAACUGGCCUCCAGCGAGCCUCGCACACACUUCAGCAAGAAUGGCAGCGGCACGGGUGGUGGUGUGGACAACUCUGAGGAUCCUGUAUAUGAAAGCCUGGAAGAGUUCCAUGUCUUCGUCCUAGCCCACAUACUGCGGAGACCCAUUGUGGUGGUGGCAGACACCAUGCUAAGAGACUCUGGUGGUGAAGCAUUUGCACCCAUCCCAUUCGGAGGGAUCUACCUGCCCUUGGAGGUGCCUCCCAACAGGUGCCACUGCUCGCCCCUGGUUCUGGCUUAUGAUCAAGCGCACUUCUCGGCCCUCGUGUCCAUGGAGCAGAGAGACCAGCAGAGAGAACAAGCCGUCAUCCCCCUGACGGAUUCGGAGCACAAGCUGCUGCCCUUGCAUUUUGCGGUGGACCCCGGAAAGGACUGGGAGUGGGGAAAAGAUGAUAACGACAAUGCCCGGCUAGCCCACCUCAUCCUGUCUCUAGAAGCCAAGCUGAACCUUCUGCACAGCUACAUGAAUGUGACAUGGAUCCGCAUCCCCUCUGAGACCCGGGCUCCCCUUGCACAGCCAGAGUCUCCAACAGCCUCAGCAGGGGAGGAUGUGCAGUCCCUGGCCGAAUCACUGGACUCGGACCGCGAUUCUGUGUGCAGCAAUUCCAACAGCAAUAAUGGCAAGAACGGUAAGGACAAGGAGAAGGAGAAACAGCGCAAGGACAAGGACAAGACGCGCGCAGACUCCGUGGCCAACAAGCUGGGCAGCUUCAGCAAGACGCUGGGCAUCAAGCUGAAGAAAAACAUGGGCGGGCUGGGCGGCCUGGUGCACGGUAAGAUGGGUCGCGCCAACUCUGCCAAUGGCAAGAACGGCGACAGCGCCGAGCGCAGCAAGGAGAAGAAGUCCAAGUCGCGCAAGGGCAGUAAAGAGGAAUCGGGAGCGUCGGCUAGCACCUCGCCCUCGGAGAAGACCACGCCGUCGCCCACGGACAAGGCGGCGGGAACGUCGCCGGCCGACAAGGGCAGCGGGCCAAGGGGCGACGCCUGGAAGUACAGCACGGACGUGAAGCUGAGCCUCAACAUCCUGCGCGCCGCCAUGCAGGGCGAGCGCAAGUUCAUCUUCGCUGGCCUGCUGCUCACCAGCCACCGGCACCAGUUCCACGAGGAGAUGAUCGGCUACUACCUGACCAGCGCGCAGGAGCGCUUUAGCGCGGAGCAGGAGCAGCGGCGCCGGGACGCUGCGGCGGCAGCCAGCACCACGGCCACGCCAGGCCGCAGCCCACCCGCGCCCGCGCGCCAAAGCGUCAUUCACGUACAGGCGGCCCGGGACGAGGCGUGCGCGCCGGCCGUGGGCGCGCUGCGACCGUGCGCCACCUACCCGCAGCAGAACCGCUCGCUCUGGUCCCAGAGCUACAGCCCGGCGCGCGGCGCCUUGCGUACGGUCAACACGGUGGAGUCGCUGGCGCCCGGCGGAGCGGACUCCCCGGGGCCCGCGGAGCACAAGUCGCAGACCUACAGCAACGGCUUCGGCGCGGCCCGCGACGGCCUGGAGUUCGCCGAUGCCGACGCUCCGGCCACGCGCUCGAACGCAGAGUGUGGCCGCGGUGGCCCCGGGCCCGCUCAGCGGCGCUGCCAGCGAGAGAACUGCGCGUUCUACGGGCGCGCCGAGACCGAGCACUUCUGCUCCUACUGCUACCGCGAGGAGCUGCGGCGGCGGCGUGAGGCGCGCGCUGCGCGGCCCUGAGCCGCCCGAGACUGCUUUUCCAUCCUGUGGGUCUUUUUUUUAACUUGCUCUGGUCAGCCGAAGGGCCGGCGCCUCCACCUCGGUCAGUGCCGUGUAUGUGUUUGGUCAAACGUUCCUAAUGGUGCCUGAACCUACACUGAUGCCACUCAGGUAGUAGACGGAUAGGAAACAAGUCAUACUGUUGGAAGUGGGUGUGCUAGCCUAGCAUCUGCCUCGUACCUGUGGAAACUCAAUAGCCAUUGCAAGAGUAUUUUUGUUCCUCUAUACGAGAAAUAAAGAAAAUCGCAGCCCUUUGUUUUUAGAAGGGAGUGUUUUACAUGCUUCCCCCUCCCCAACCUAGGGACUGACCUCUUCCAAGUAGCGGUCACAUGCGUGCAGUUGGUAGCACGCAGGGUUUAGAUACAAACUCGCAGCCAGGCCUGAGGGGAGCCACCUCCGCGGCUCCCAUGUCCUUCCCACCUGGGUCCCUGAAGACCUCCAGCAGGCACUUUGCUACCCGCUGACGCUGGCCGCUUAGGACUCCCCAGCUCCAUCUCAUAAGCAAAUCCUCCCACAGCCCCCGGCUCGAGCAACAUUCACACUGCCAUCCAAGCCGCGGGCGACCACAGAAUGGGCACCGGACAACCUACCUCUCAGGGCACGGUGAGGUGUAGCGAUCGCUCCAGUGCAGAGCAGCUCCUGUGACAGGAGCUUCCCAGAGACACUUGGGGGUGCGAAAAAGCAGGGUCCUGAACUCCUGCUCGUAUUGGCCCACCUAUGAGCCAGAGUGACAGGCUGCUCGUGUCUCCUUUGAAGACAUGUGUACAGUGGACUGUCGCUGGCGGGUCCCUUAGAAGGUGAUAUCACAUCCGUGCCCCAGAGGAGGGGACAGAAUUGACCCCUUGGUCACUGUGUCGGCCCCAAAGUGGGCUGCUUUGAACCCAGCCUGGCCUCCUUCAGUAGGGGCUGAGAGAGGGCCGGGAGGAAACUACCCCUCCUCCACCUGCAUCUGUCAGGGUUCAGCCAGGUUAAAGGGCUCUCUGCUGGUGGAGCCCCUUCACGGGGCAGGUGGCCCUGCUCCUGGCUCCAUGCCACAUUGAGGGAGCAGCCCAAUCUCUGAGCAGUCUCCUUUCUGGUGCCUCCUACAUUUCUUGAGGAAAAUUUAAAAAAUAAUAAUGUGUCCUUAGCUACCCUAUUUUGAGCAGCAAUAUGCAGCCUCUUCCUUCAAGAUUACCUCCGCAGACCACUGUUCUUGACCAAGGACACCGCGGGGCUAGCCUGCCUCACUAAAGAGCAAGCUUGCUUCCAGGAAAUACGGAGAAGAUGGGUAAAAUCCUCGCUAACGAAACAAUACUUUCAUACCUGUGAGAGCUUUAGACCAGCCCCUCCCCCCCCCGUAACCCUAAAACAGGAGAAAGCACCUGCUUCCCCCUCAGAGAGCGCAGGAGAUGGGUCCCACCUUCACUGGAGCCAGCCUCUCCUCCUGAAAGCAUGUUUCAUCCCGUGACAUCCAGAGCAGCAAGAGCAAAAAAAAAGGAAAAAUAAAAAGUUUUCAAAAAAUGGGGAGGGAAUUUUUUUUACCUGUUUGGAAAA